AUGCAGCGGCCAAGACCCGAUGAGGUAUCCCUGCCACCGCCAGCCUCAGCGAAUGCCGGCGCAUCCGCCGCAAGCAACAUCGCCAAAGACAACAGCUCAACAUCCUUUACUCCACAAACGAUACCUUCUCCGCCUGCUUGGGUCCUGACACUCGAAGACCUUAUCACUGCCAUCUAUCGUAUUGUCAUUACCAUCCUCACACUCUUCAAUGUCAACAUCACUUGGAGAAUCCGCGCGAACCAAGAUCGUCGACCUCGUGGGUUAAGGCAUGCAUGGGCCGGUGUGAGGUUGGAGUUUGUUUAG